AUGCAAAAAUCUCAUACAUGUGAGCCUACAAUUGAAGAAGGUUGGAAAAUAUGCCAAGACUGUGGGAUUUAUCUCCCAGCAUCAAAAAAUCAGUGCUUUCGAGAAAAUAAUCCUACAUGCAUCAAAAUCUCUCAUCAAUCGCUAUUAAAAAAUUACCGAGAAAACUCAGACUAUAACCGAGGGUUUAACCCAAGUGCUACUUAUCUUAAAGUAAUUAUUAUUUAGUACAGAAAAAUCUUGAUUGACUGAAUAUGUGAAGUAGGGGAAUCACUGCAUCUUUCUCUUUUAACUAUACAAACUGCAGCCUCUCUAUAUGACUCUUUACUAUCCACAAAGGAAUUCUCAAAACCUCUCCUUCAGCCUAUAGGUCUUAUUGCUUUACUUGUAGCCGCUAAAUCAGAAGAAGGCGACGAAAAUGUGCCGAGAUUCCACCAGUUAGUAAGAUUCACACAAAAUUCAGUAGCUACCUUAAAAAGACUUGAGCUGGAACUCCUAACAACCCUUAAAUGGCAAAUUGUGGUGGUUACCCCACUUCAUUUUAUAUAUUUCUAUACUUCUCAUGGCGUUGUUUUUAUCAAUGAUGCUAUAGGAGCGAGUAGAGUUAACGAAAGAACUGCUUCAUAUGUAAGAAAAUAUGCUGAAUUUUUCGCUGAUUUAGCAUUGCAGGAACAUGAGUUUAUACAAUUUUCUGCUGAAAAUAUUGCCUGUGCUUGCAUUGCAGGGGCCAGAAAAGUGGUAGGGAUUUUUAAUAUUUGGCCGGCAGAGCUAGAAGAAAUGACUGGGAAAAAGCUGGAAAAUACGUGCUUUGGGAAGCUGUGGAAAAAUUACCAGGAAAGUUUUGUGGCGGAUGGAAAUUCGAAGGUGAAGCAGUCGAAAGAAAAUAAAGAAAAUGUAAGAAAAAAUGUAUAA